CACGCAGCUACUUCAAGAGCAACAGCAGCAUUACCCUUCCUGUGCUGGGUGUUCUCUCCCAUCUUAUAUCCGGUCAACCCGCCGCCCAACUAUCUGAACGUAUCAUUUGGCAGAUCAUUGCCACUUCCCGUACACCCAAGCUCACCUCCAUGUCAUCCCUCUUCGGCACCCCAUCAGACGAAUCCCCUAUGGCGGGAAAGCCCUCGUCGUUUAAAUCGAAGUCCCCGUUAUUUGACAACGAACCCUCUUCCUUUGGCGCCAAGUCAUCGGCGCUUUUUGCGGAUAACGUCAACUCUCAUGCUGACGACUCUUCGCCCUGGGGUAUGCCUACGCCCAAGAAGGCCGCGAGACACGAAGUCCUGAAAUCGCUGCUCCCCGCGACGGAUGUUCCAGAGAGCUAUGUUGAUGUGUAUGAUGUAGCUCUGGGAUCGAGUGAUAAUCGAGGGAAUACUGGCGUUGGUAUAACCACGGCUAGGAAGAUGCUUACAAGCACACAUCUGAACCCUGACGCGCAGUCUAAGGUUAUGAAUAUUGUCGCUGGUGGGGGAGACCUUGCAACAGGAAGCCUUUCGAGAAGCCAGUUCAAUGUUUUUUUGGCAUUGGUGGGAUUGGCGCAAGAAGGCGAGGAUGUUACCCUCGAUGCGGUUGAUGAAAGACGGAAGAGACUUCCACGACCGAACAUUCCUUAUAUAGAGAAAUUGACAGCUCAGCAUGAUACAAAUGGCGCUACUCAUACUGAUAACCAACCCAUCCCGACACAAUCGAAUACGUCACGCCAGAUGCGCCAGGACUCAUUUGAAGACCCUGAGUUAGAUCCGUGGGGAAGUCACCGUAUUCGCCAGAACUCAUAUGAAAACCGGCAUCGACUGAAUAUUAAUGGAUUUGCUUCAUCUACGGGGCCCGGUGUCAAUGGCACAACUAAUAACUUGGCCACUGCAUAUAACAGCCAAGUAAGAUCGACUGCUGAUAGCAACCAACCCAGGGAAUCUGGUGCCCCAUCUUCUGGAGGCACUGGGGCUGGCUGGGGAGGAGAGUCAUUCAGCAACCCUUCCGGCGGCGGCUUUGGCAACCAAGGGGAAUCGGGGUUUGCCGGUGGUUUUGGCCAGUCGGGAGAUGAUCAGGGGAAUCACAACCGGAAUAAUAGCAUGCCUCGAUCGCUAGGCGGAGGUCCCAUAAGCAAUAACGGAGUUGACGAGGUGAUAGCGAUUCAUAUGCUCCCGGAAAAAGAAGGCAUGUUUAUGUUCCAGCACCGAAACUACGAAGUUAAAUCUGCGCGAAGAGGGAGUUCCGUUAUCCGACGAUAUAGCGAUUUCGUAUGGUUGGUGGAUUGUCUGCAGAAGAGAUAUCCGUUUCGGCAGAUUCCUUUGCUGCCACCAAAGAGGAUAGCAGUCAAUGGUACUCACCUGACAGCGGAUUCAAAUGCUUUCCUUGAAAAGCGACGACGGGGCCUCGUCCGCUUCACCAACGCAUUAGUUCGCCACCCAGUUUUAAAUCAAGAACAACUAGUGGUAAUGUUUCUUACCGUACCAACCGAACUGUCCAUUUGGCGAAAACAAGCCACUAUUUCUGUCCAAGAAGAAUUCUCCGGCAAACCUCUCCCGCCGGACCUCGAGGACUCGCUUCCGCCUACUCUCAACGACUUAUUCGAGACCGUUCGUUCUGGUGUCCGUAGGUCCUCUGAGGUCUACAUAAACCUAUGUAAUUUGCUCGACCGUCUCGCGAAGCGUAAUCAGGGCCUUGCUGUCGAGCAAUUCCGGUUUUCACGCGCUUUGCAAGCUUUGACAGAUAGCACCGCGGAUACGUAUGCUGUUGAUAGGAAUGACGUUCCAUUGUUGAAUGAUGGAAUUCAUUCGACAGCGAAACAUCUUAUCACUAGUCAGGGUUUACUUGAGGAUGAAGCCCGGGCUUGGGAUGAAGGCGUUUUAGAGGAUUUCAAACGGCAACGGGAUUGCCUUGUUGCAAUGCGAGAUAUGUUUGAUCGGAAGGACCGAUAUGCGAAGGAUAAUAUUCUUCAGCUAGAGAAACGCAUUGAAAAUAAUGAGAGGAAACUGCAGGAACUUCGAGCGAGGCCCGAGGGAACGGUGAGGGCUGAGGAUGCUAAGAAGCUAGAGGAUGCUAUUUUCAAGGAUAAGGCAUCAAUAGUGCAGCAACACGCGCGUGGUGUGCUUAUCAAGGAGUGCGUUCGUGACGAGCUAUACAUCUUCCAAAGAAGCCAAUACCACAUCAGUCGCCUACAUCAAGACUGGAGUCAAGAACGAGUGAAGUAUGCGGAGCUGCAGGCGGACAAUUGGCGGGCUUUGUGCGAGGAGGUCGAAGCUAUGCCAACAGGUGAUUAGGUAGGCAUAUCGAGAGACGUACCAUUUAUCUCGACUUUUCAACUACGG